AUGGUGGAAGGGAGAGACAUAGACGAUCUGCCGAAGAACGAAGCGAACUACACAGCAUUAACACCUCUGUGGUUUCUGGACAGAGCAGCUCUGGUUCAUCCCAACCGUAAAUCUCUUAUCCAUGGAUCUGUGCACUACACGUGGCUCCAGACCUACCAGCGUUGCCGUCGAUUCGCAUGCGCUCUUUCUAACCACUCUAUCACCUACGGGAAAACGGUGGCAGUAGUUGCUCCAAACAUCCCAGCCCUCUAUGAAGCUCAUUUUGGCGUUCCUAUGGCUGGAGCUGUUCUAAACACUGUCAACGUUCGUCUAAAUGCACCAACCAUUUCUUUUCUCUUACAACAUUCAUCAGCUGCCGUUGUAAUGGUGGACCAAGAGUUUUUCCCUUUGGCAGAGGAAGCUUUGAAAAUUUGGGCAGACAAAAUGAAAAGCAAUUUUCAGCCUCCACUUUUGGUUGUCAUCGCUGAUGAAAGCUGUGAUCCAAAGUCACUCAAAUAUGCUUUAGGAAGAGGGGCAAUUGAAUAUGAGAAGUUCCUCGAAACUGGUGAUCCUGAGUUUGCGUGGAAGCCACCACAGGAUGAAUGGUAUAGCAUUGCUUUGGGGUAUACUUCUGGCACAACAGCCAGCCCUAAAGGGGUUGUGUUGCACCACCGAGGAGCAUAUCUCAUGUCUUUGAGCGGUGCUCUAAUAUGGGGGAUGACUGAAGGAGCUGUAUAUCUAUGGACUCUUCCCAUGUUCCAUUGCAAUGGUUGGUGUUUCCCUUGGACACUUGCGGCUCUUUGUGGGACAAGCAUAUGCCUUCGACAGGUCACAGCUAAGGCAGUUUAUUCAGCCAUAGCCAAAUAUGGGGUGACCCAUUUCUGUGCCGCACCUGUUGUGCUCAACACAAUAGUAAAUGCUUCACCAGAUGAUACCAUCCUCCCCCUACCUCAUGUUGUCCACGUGAUGACGGCCGGUGCUGCCCCACCCCCUUCUGUCCUAUCUGCAAUGACUGAACGCGGCUUCCGUGUCACCCAUACUUAUGGCCUCUCAGAAACCUAUGGCCCCUCCACCAUAUGCGCAUGGAAGCCCGAAUGGGAUGCAUUGCCCCUGGAAACUCAAGCCCGACUAAAUGCCCGCCAAGGCGUCCGAUAUAUUGCCUUGGAGGGUCUUGAUGUAGUCAACACCCAAGAUAUGAUGUCGGUUCCUGCCGAUGGAACUACUGUUGGAGAGAUUGUGAUGCGCGGUAACCUAGUGAUGAAGGGCUACUUGAAGAAUCCUAAAGCAAAUGCCGAGACUUUUGCAAAUGGUUGGUUUCACUCGGGGGAUCUUGGCGUAAAGCACCCAGAUGGGUAUAUAGAGAUUAAAGAUCGAUCAAAGGAUAUUAUCAUAUCUGGAGGCGAAAACAUCAGUAGUGUGGAGAUUGAAAAUAUGCUAUACACACAUCCGGCAGUUUUGGAGGCAUCGGUGGUGGCGAGGCCGGACAAGCGGUGGGGAGAAACACCUUGCGCUUUCGUGACAUUGAAGCCAGGAUUCGAUAAAUCCAAUGAACAGAAAUUGGCAGAAGAUAUAAUGAAGUUCUGUCGCUCAAAGCUGCCGGCAUAUUGGGUUCCGAAAUCAGUUGUGUUUGGACCGUUGCCGAAGACGGCAACUGGUAAGGUACAGAAGCAUCUGCUGAGGACUAAGGCAAAGGAGAUGGGAUCUGUCAGUGUCAGCAGGUUAUAAGGGAGCGGAAAGAGUUUUAAGGUUGGGUCCUGCUACUAAGAAUCAUACACUAAUAUGUGACUAAUAAGAGGAGGCAUCUUCAUAAUGCUCUGUUAAUUCCUUUUUCUGCAACUAUAUGAGGCCUUCUGUUAUUGUCUAAAAUGGAUUGGAUUAAUUUAGUGUUACGUAUUAAACUUGUCUUUUGGGGCACA